UUCGAGGUGAGUGUGUCCUUUGAGGAGUAUCUCUAACAAUGCCUGAGCCAGCGAAGUCCGCUCCUGCGCCCAAGAAGGGCUCCAAGAAGGCGGUGACCAAGACCCAGAAGAAGGGCGACAAGAAGCGCAAGAAGAGCAGGAAGGAGAGCUACUCCAUCUACGUCUACAAGGUGCUGAAGCAGGUCCAUCCUGACACCGGCAUCUCCUCCAAAGCCAUGAGCAUCAUGAACUCCUUCGUCAAUGACAUCUUCGAGCGCAUCGCUGGAGAAGCCUCUCGCUUGGCCCAUUAUAACAAGCGCUCCACCAUCACCUCCAGGGAGAUCCAGACCGCAGUCAGGCUCCUUUUGCCGGGAGAGUUGGCCAAACACGCCGUCUCCGAGGGCACCAAGGCCGUCACCAAGUACACCAGCUCCAAGUAAAAGGGAUCCGCUUCCCAAACAGACCCAAAGGCUCUUUUCAGAGCCACCCACCUUUUCAAUAAAAGAGCUGAGAUUUAGACUUGUAUGAACUAUGAGGGCAAGCCAUUGCUGCUUCUCUAAACUCUGUCCCUGAAACCUGGGACACACAUAUAUAUGCCAUUGGUAUGUGAGGAUGUCACAUAUGUGAUGUUGCUUUCAAUGUGUAAAGAGAUUUUGUAGCAUCUUUAAAGAGUUGCAUCUAAGGAAGUAGGUUCAAGGGAGGCUACCAAAGCUCAUGUUGACAACUUCUUUCUUUCAGUUAGUCUUAAAGGUGCUACAAGAUUGCUUCACAUGCUGGUUCUACACAGCCAUAUCUUUCAAUAGUGCCUUCAAGUCAUAGUGCCAAAACACACACUCCAGAAAUAGUUCAGUUUGAGACAGCUUUAAAUGCCCUGGCUUAAUGCUAAGCAAUUCUGGGGACUAGUGUUGUGAGAUAUUGAGCCUUCUCUGUCAGAGGGCUCUGGGGCCAAAUAAACUACAAUUCCCAGGAUCCCCUAGCACUGAGCCAGGGCAGUUAAAGCGGUCUCCAACUGGCUUGUUUCUGCAGUGUGUUUUAGAUCACAGUCGGCGGGAUGCGUAGGUUGCGUCCAGAGUUCCGGGUCUGAUUCCUUGCAUUUGGGCGCCCCCUUGUGUUUGAUUUGAGGCUGGAGGGAAUAUUUCAGAUGGAAGGGCUACAGGCAAGGAGCAACGCCUGGCCGGUUAGCUCAGUUGGUUAGAGCGUGGUGCUAAUAACGCCAAGGUCGCGGGUUCGAUCCCCGUACGGGCCAGUUGUGUUUUUAUCCUGCUUUAUUGAAUUCUAAUUUAAAUAAAAUAUUGCAUCACCAUCAUAUUAUUAUUAAUAUUAUUAAUUAUACUGCUGCUCAAAAAUCCACCAAACAAUGAUACCUUUAUUGGACCAACCAAAAUGCACAGUUACUUCUUGCAAGCUAUCAAAGUCACACUAGCUUCUUCAUUACGCAAACAGGAAAAAGAAAUGGAAGAUGUUAGUCCUAGGCCUGCAUUUUCUGUUUCUGGUCUUAGUUCAGAUGGUACGGAGGGCUAUCUGCAGGCUAGCAUUCCCUCCCUUUUUUUGGCCAU